AUGGCGACCGUGUGGCGAUCACAGUGCGCGUUUGCGCGACUUUUUGCUGGAAAAACUGGACAAAUCUUGAACAACGCGACUGAUUUGGGUACAAAACUUGGUCCGGGAUCACAAUCGGUAUUAUCAAGAAAAUACUCUACUUAUGGCACCUCUCCGUUCGUAACCAAAAUAAAGGAGCAGUAUGACUUUGAAAUUGUGAAGAGUCCACCAGAGUGGGCCUAUGUACAAAGGUUGUUACCAUUUGACACUAUACCUCAAGUGACCCCCAAGGAGCAUUAUCCAUCUGGUUGGAUUCCUCCAAAAGAAGAAGCUAAGAGUCUUCCUUAUUUUAUUGCAAGGACGAAAAAUCAUGAACUGCCAAUUUAUUUAAAUAUAACGUUUAGAGGUAUCCGUAAAAUUACAAAAGUAAAGAGGAUUGAAGGUGACAUUUGGCUCCUAAACGAUGAAAUUAAACAAUACUUAAAAGAAAAGAACAAUAGAUACGUAGAAACUCGUGUUCACGAAGUAGGGAGAUUUAUAGAAGCUAAAGGUGAUUAUGUUAAUGAAUUAGUUCAAUGGGCUCAUUCCAAAGGCUUUUAA